AGGAGGAGACAACUAAAGGACUUGGUGAUAGUCUCCUGUACAAUUCUGACCAGACUAAUUUAAUCUCUGUGGAGGAGGAGACAGUACUGGAGGGACUUGAUGAUGGCAUUCCAGUUCCUGAGAAAGUGCUCGCUGUUGCCAAUCUCUCUCCCCAGACUAAAAUAUCAGAUAUCAAAUGUAUAUUCGGAGGUAUUUCCGUUGCUAGUGUUCGACUUAUUGUGAACAACGAGGGCAAGCAUUUGGGCUAUGCCUUUGUUGAGUUUGCUUCUCCUUUCGGCGCACACAAGGCUCUGAAAGAGAAGAACGGUGCAUAUUUGUACGAUCAUAAGAUUUAUUUGAUGUCAGGACAUGAUCAUGAAACUCCCGACUAUGUUGAGGCAGUUGCCGCACAAAGAAAGACCAUCUUUGUCUCUAAUCUCUCUCCCCAAACUGAAAUAUCACAUAUUAUCAAUUUCUUCAAAGAUGUUGGAGAAGUUGUUCAUGUUCGACUUAUUGUAGACAAGAAGGGCAUGCAUGUGGGUUCUGGCUUUGUUGAGUUUUCUUCUGAUAACGAAGCAGAGAAGGCGCUGGAAAAGAAGAACGGUGAAUAUUUGCAUGAUCACGAGAUUUUUCUAGAAGUGGUUGAGGAGGCUCCAUACUAUUAUCCACCCGAGUAUUGCAUAGAUUACAAUGUUUGGUACGAAGACUACCUUAGACAAGAAAGCCUUCUGAUGGAAGAAAAAAAGGCAGUGGAAGGACUUGAUGAAACUCCCGAUUUUGUUGAGCCAUUUGCUGUAACAAAGAAGACGCUCUUUUUGUCCGGUUUCUCUCACAGACUAAGCUAUGGGAUAUCAUCAGUCUCUUUAAAAAAGAAGAAGUUGCUAGUGUUCGACUUAUUGUAGACGACAGGGGUAAGCAUUUGGGCUGCGCGUUUAUUGAGUUUUUUACUGCUGAGGAAGCAGAGAAGGCUGUGGAAGACAAGAAUGGUGCACGUUUGACCUUCUAUAAUAUUUAUCUUCGCUUGGCAGAGACAGCUCCAUACCCUCUCGGACCAAAGUACGAGUACGACCUUGUAGAAAAGCUUUGGUACGAAGACAAACUUCGAGGAGAAAGAAGCCUAGUUUUGACGGAGAACAAGCCUACGUAUCUGAUAAAACAGAAACAGAAGAAACAGGGGAGCUCUGUCUUCUGCGGUGAGAAGACUGUCUUUUCUUGCGACGACUGAUGUUAGAAGCGAUUUGGGGUUAUAGUUAUGUGUUAAAAAUUCUAGUCUGUACGA